AUGGCGCUAGCGCUACUGAUGUAUUGGUUUGCACUCAUUCUGACUGGCAUCGCUACCAUUCACAACCAGUUCGGAUUGGCAGAAGCAGCGUUUUAUAAUUUAGGUGUCAUUUACGGACUGUCAGGAAAAAACAUACCAGACCCAUAUUCUACAGUCGACCUCUAUGAAAAUGUUGGUAGUAGGAAAAUAAGACUUAUGGAGCACAAUGAUUACGUGAAGCUAGCUCUAAAUAACACCGGCCGUUUUGAAGUUAGCAUCGGCGUUAGAAAUGAUGAAUUACCUGAGAUUGCGUCAAGUAUCCAUGCUGCAGAAUCAUGGUACGAACUCAGAGUGAAACCCUACCAUCGUGGACUGGUAUUCGACUAUAUAGUUGUCAGAAACGACGCCAUUCCUGGUCCCUACAGCGCGUACCUGGCACUAGCAUUAGAACACAUGAUGGAAGUGAUCAGUGCAUUUGAAGAAGGUACUCCUACAAAGAGGACCACUAUAGUGUCCGAUUCUAUUCUAAACCCUAGAUUUCCAUCUUGGGUUGCUGCAUUUAAACCAGAGAUAAAACUAUACAUGGAAAAGGUCCUCAAAGUGAUAAGAAGAAGUAGGGUCCAGCCACUACUUAUGGUCAAUGUGUUUCCAUACUAUGAUUAUGCAGCAGGGAUUAUACCCAAAGAUUUUGCAGUAUUUGGCAGACAAACCCUACUUUUGGGACCGUAA